GUUCCCGACCUCCGACUUCUAAAAACCAGCAUCGCCAGUCACCACCUGGCAGCCCACACCGACUUCACUUCUUGUCGGUGCGCGGGACGGCACAUUCUAUUGAGCCCGUUUUCCAAAUAGAGUUCUCAAGCCAUCAGGCAUUCCAUUGAUUGCGAAACUCGACGUCGACUCUCGGCUACCCGCCGCACCUCGAUAAAUGACCUGACUUCGGCGAUCGCUCGUUUGACGAUGGCUCCGAAGCGCAAGAGAAACGAUCGAGGUCCCAGCGAUGUUGGUACCUCGCGACCGUCACCACAUCGGCCCUCGGAUUCCACAUUGGGACAGCACGAGAGAAGCUUCGAUGGAGGUCGUAAUAACCGUGGCGGUAGGAAUUCACGGAGAGGGGAGCGUCGCGAUUCUACCCAGUCCCAUGCUCCGAAUCCGUCUUCCAGUGGUCCAGGUCCUAGAUCGCCGCCGCUCCCGAGGCCGUCGAGCUCGUCGUCAUCGGCCGCCCUUCCGCCUCCCACAGUACCAGCAACGCUGGCGCCGCCGCCAAUUCCAGCCACCCUUGCGCCGCCGCUAUCCCCCAUCCAACCUUUCUACGAUUAUAGCAUCGUCACCGAUGAUCGCGUGAGCAGAUGGGCAAGGGGUGCACGACAGGAAGUCAUCGAACAUGGCGUCCAGUCGCGAAAGGAUGAAGAUCUCACAGAGGUCGUCAUGAUAUUUCAGGAACUCAUUCAUUCCGUCACCGACGCCCGGCUUCAGGGCUCUGAUGCCGGCGGCGUUGUCCAAGAGAUUCUAGGCCCCGACCUGUCGGAGGCGGAUCGCGAUGCCGCUGUGUUUGAUCCUCAUACCCUAUUCCUCGACACCGUGUCUACCUUCAUGGAUGUCGAGUCGGGACCACUGCGACCGCAGCUCCGCGACUUCAUGGUCGCCACCAACGUAUCUCCGACCCUCAUGCGCAUCAUCCUGGAUCCGCCAAUCCUUCAGCACCUUGAUCUGAUCCGCGACACCUUUUUCCGGAUGGGUGUUCGCCAGUCCACAAACCUGCUAUACCGCCAAGCAAAUUACAACCUGUUACGCGAAGAAACCGAGGGCUUUGCAAAACUCGUCACCGAGCUGUUCACGACUAGCAGUUCCGAGCCGCCCAGCUCCGAAGUCGUGCAGGCCACUUUCAACAAGGUUAUGGGCCUUAUUGGGACUUUCGACCUGCACCCUGGUCGCGUACUGGAUGUAAUCCUGGAUGUCUUCGCCGCCGUGCUGAUCAAGCAGUUCCGGUUCUUCAUCAAGUUCCUGCGCGUCAGCUCGUGGUGGCCUCGCAGCCAAGUUAGCCUACCCGCUAACUUAUUCAUUGGUGGUCUACCUAACUGGGCCACACCUCAGCAUGGGGGCUGGCUCACGACCGACGAGGAAGAGCUCGCCCUCGCCCAGCAGCGGCUGGAGCGGGACAUUGCCUUCUGGGACCGAGCCCGCAAGGUCAAGCUCGACGCUUAUUUCGAGUUGGGCGGCCGGCAGCUCGCCGCAUCUGACGAGGAGCGCCUGGCAAAGGGCGCCACCGAAGGCGGUCCAGAAUCUAGUAUCGAGCAAGACUGGAUCAGGAUUACAAAAACCCUCCCACCACCAGGCAACCGAGACGCUGCCCAGAUGCUGGGUUUCAAGCUGCGCUUUUACACAUCUGAAGCCAGAGACCCCGAGGAUACCCUCCCAGCAAACCUGCUCUAUCUCGUCUCGCUACUGAUCAAAGUCGGCUUCGUCUCGCUGACCGAUCUGUGGAAUCACGUAUGGCCGCUGGAUGAGGACAUGGAGGCCGUCAAGGUUCGGAAGAUGAAAGAACUGGAGGAGAAAGCGAAAGCGAGCCGGCCGGGCGGCGAGCAGAAUGCCUUGAUGAUGGCGGGGGCCCUUCCGGACGAUAUGCCCCCACCCCCGGGGAGCAUCCCCCGCCGCGACGCCCCCGCGAGCAAAUCGGACCCUACCAAGGCUCCGGAACCGACAGAAGCGAAGCCGGAGCUGCGGGAGCCUGAUGAUCAGAAAGUGCUUCUUCUCAAGUGUCUUCUCACCAUCGGCGCUAUCCCCGAAUCUCUUUUCAUCAUCGGGCGGCAUGAUUGGAUUCUACGAGCAUUCCCCGACCUCAUACCGCUCUUUCAUCGCAUUCUCCAUCACUCCGUCGACGUCGUAUUCCAACAAAGUUCACCAAGCUUCUCGGUUCCGGCCGAAUGCCCACCAAAGAAGCACCUGGAUCCCGACCAGUCAGGCGCACUCAAGGGGCACCUAAAACUCAAGACGCCCGUCAUCAAACGCGCGCUGAGGUGGCCGAACGCAGACCAGAACGAUGCUAAAGACGGACCUUGCUACCGCUUUUACUGGGAUGAGUGGGCCGAUAACGUCCCGGUUUGCCAAACUGUCGACGACAUCUUCACCCUUUGCGAAUCACUUCUAAACGUCAUCGGCGUAAACAUCGGCUUAGACGCCUCCUUGGUGGCCAAGAUUGCCCGAAUUGGUAACAAGAGCCUCAGCGACGAUCGAUCACCCGACAAUGCCGCGCGUUGGCUCAACCUGCUCAAACGUCUGCUGGUACCAUCUCUGAGCAUGGGCAACCCCAACUCGUCAGCCGUCGACAGUGUGUGGUCACUCCUCAAGCGGUACCCCGUUCGGGACCGGUUCAACGUCUACGCCGAGUGGUAUGAAGGCGCCACCUCUCGACUCGAGCCCGUGCAGAAGGCCUUCGCUCAGACGAGACUGCAUACCCUUAGCAAGAUGAAGCGGCUGUCACACAGCAACAUCAUCCAGAUGGCCAAGGACCUCGCAAAGAUUGCUUACCCGUCGCCCGGUAUCGUUUGCAAGGUUGCGCUGCAGCAGAUCGAAUCGUACGAUAACUUGAUCGAGGCCUUUGUCGAGUGUGCCAAGUACUUCACUGAUUUGGGAUACGAUGUCCUUGUCUGGUCUGUCCUGAGCUCCCUUGCCGACCAGGAGAGGAGCCGCACCCAGGCGACCUCGGUGUUGCUCACGAGCAAGUGGCUGCAAGCGCUGUCGCGUUUCUCCGGGAAAGUGUUUCAGCGCUAUUCCAACAUGGAUCCGUUGCCUAUUCUCCGCUACGUCCACAGCCAGCUCCUGCAGGGCAACUCGACUGACCUGCUCAUCCUGGAAGAGCUGAUCGAGUCGAUGGGAGGUAUCGUCUCUGGAUUCGAUUUUACCGAUGCUCAGCUACGUGGCAUGACCGGCGGUGAGCUACUUCGCCGCCAGACGCUCGUCAAUCUGGGUGAUAAGCGGGAACUGUCAGCACGGAGCGCACAGCGUCUUAUGAAGGCACUGUCGCAAUCAAACCUAGCGGGCCAACUUCUCAUCAACAUCUCCCAAUAUCGACAGAACGCGAUUUACAACAUCACCGAUGGGAACGCGGUCAUCAAGUACCUCUCCGCCCUCGUUGACGGCGCCCAUAAAGUUCUCUGCCGAUGCCUCGACCUGCUACUCAGCAAUCUAGAUCCCGACACUUUCAACAGCUUGGUGCCCGACGUCAUCGAGCUCAUGCAGGAUUACGGCCUCGACGCCAACCUUGCUUUCAUGAUUCGGCGAAACAGCAUUCGUUGGGACACGAAGGCUCUCGUAUCAGUCAAAGAAAGCCCCCCGCAGCCCGCAAAGGUCGUAGCGGAUAUCGACGGCGAUGUCGCCAUGGAGACAGUGACCAGUGACGGUACGUCAGCCCAGGCUGACGCCAAUGGCACAGAUGCCAGAGAUGGCACCAAUCACAGCAGUCCGACGCCGAAAACACCAAACAGCCGCCUGCCGGAAUCGCUUUCCGACGCCCUCGCGCCGCUCAUCGAUGAGAUCCCCAAGGUAUUGCCCCAACAGUCGUGGCAGUAUAUCUCGCCGGCAUGCUACGUGUUCUUCUGGUCCCUGCACCUGGGAAACCUGGUCUGGCCCCAGGACAGUUACGAGGCCGAAAACAAAAGGCUCAAGGCACAGAUCGCUGAGUUGACGGCCACGGACCGGUCGGACACCCCUCGUUCGAUUGCAACCAAGAAGCGGAAGCGCGAAGACGUCAUGGACCAGCAGCAGCGCCUUGUUCAGGAAAUGAAGGACGGGAUUGAACGAUUCCAGAAAACCAAACUUCACAUCGGCAGGCAGACGAACGGUUGGUUCCCUGCAGGCAUCCAAGAUGCCAACGCGACAUCGGAUACCCUGCUCGAAGAAUGCAUCCUACCACGUCUGCAGGUCUCGCCCGUGGAUGCCGACUAUUGCUUCAGGCUAGUCAAGUUCUUGCACGAGAAUCCGAAGUCCAACUUCAAGCUCAUGCCCCUUUACGAUCGGCUGUUCAACCACAAUCGCCUGCGCGCCCUGAUCUUUACCUGCACCGUCCGCGAGGCAGAGCAUCUAGCGCGCUUUCUCAAGUUCAUCCUCAGUGACCUUUCUAAGUGGCAUAGCAGCAAGAGUGCCUACGAGAAAGAAGCUUUGGGUCUCAAGGAACUCCAGGGCGCCAAAACUAGGGAAUAUAUCGGCUUUGCCACGGCCUUUGAUGACAAGGGGAAGCCGACUGAGUUUACCGAGCAUGAUGCCUUCAAGGAAAUCCUGUUCCGCUGGCACAAAGAGCUCAACACCGCUCUGCGAUCAUGCCUCAACGGUAUGGAAUGGAUGCAUAUCCGAAAUGCAAUCAGCAUCCUCAAGGGCGUCAUCGAUUUCUUCCCGGCCAUCAAUUUCAUGGCGGACAAGUUUUUGGAGCAGCUCAACACCAUUAAGGAUCGCGAGUCGGCAAACUCCAACGCCCCCGAGUCCGCCCAAGGGCACCGCGUCGACCUGUCCGUGACAGCGCAGACUACAUACUCCGAAUUGGCUAGGAGGAAGUCCAAAUGGGUCCUAGUCCAGGCUUUCCGGCCGGGCGCUAAGAGCGACGGCAAAGACGACAAAGGAUCCGCAGUGCCAGCCAAUUCUUCCCUCCGAGGUUCAGCGGCAACAUUCAGGUCUACUGGGGCGCGUCCCCCGCACCCUUCUGAGGUUGAAGAUGGAGAAGUCGACGAAAAGAGAGCUGGAAAGGCAGCUGCGAGGACAAACGGCCCGAAUCUGCCAAGGCCGCUUCCAGCCAGGGAACCGCCGAGGGACUCUCCGGCCCCAAGGACAGGCUCAGCGGCUCCCAAUACUGGUCGGCCUAUCACUCCGAAACCUCUUUCAACACCACACUCCAGUGCCCGACAAGAGCCGCCACCCAGGUUUUCGACCCUCCCACCGGGUGGGCCUGGGCUUCCAAGCCGGCCGGAUCUGCCCAGCAGACCCGAUGUACCAGGGGCCAGGUUUAGCCAACCUCGGAAUGACAGGAGAGAUAUCCCCUCGAGAGACGCUCGAGAUUAUCGGGACGGCCGCGAGCCAAGAGACCAACAUCAACGGGAUGCUCGCGAGCUCCAAGGUGCUCAGGACAACAGAGACUACCGCACACCGGAAGGACCACGCCCAGAGCGCCCCGCUCGCGACAUUCCAGCAUCCGAUAGGCGUGCGCCCGACGCUGGGCAACGCGAACCCGGACCGCGAGUUGCCGGCCGCGAUGCCGGUCGCGAGCCCAACCGGCUUCCCGACCGAGGACGAGCAGAGCCUCCGCCGCGCCGUCACGACCAUGCACCACCCGCUGACCGAGAUAACCGUCCUGACAGCCGCCCGCCGCCGCGGGAGAGGGGCCCCCCUCACGACUCGAGCCGAUCCCACUCGAGGCCUGCGAGGGAGCCUACUGCCUCUACUCCUCCGCCAGCGCCCGCUACGCAGAAUACGGCUCAGGGGCCCUCGAUCAACCCAGAACGCGCGCGGAUUAUUGAUGUUGAGCGGCCGGAAAUGGUUAACCCAGCCAGGGCUGCCCUCAUCAAUGACACACGAGAGCCUCCAACCCGCCCCUCGCCGAGAGACUCGCUCCGCGAACGGCCCCCGCGAACGGAAUCACCAAGGCGAUCUGAUCGCACGCUAGCGGACGCCCCUCAGCCGGAUAAUCCGCGUGAGGAUCGUCAUGGCCGGCAUCGCCAUUCGCCGCGGCCCGAAACUCCGCGAGACGCGCAUAGGGAGACUGCGGCGCCAUCUUCACGACCGGAACGAGUCGCGGAGCGUGAAGAUAGGAAGGCGGGCCCUCGAGACUCAUAUGCCGGCCAAUCCCGAUCGGAUCACGACCACGGACGACUCAACCAGCAGGACCCCAACUACGGUCGGCUAAACGCUAUCCAGUCCGUCGUCGAUAUGCCAGUGGGUGCGCCCUCGGGCCCGCGAGGCCGGGGCGGCCGGACUACCGGUAGGACCGGCCCUGCCAACGGCCCUUCGAUGCGGCCCGACAAUAGGUUCCCGCCUCUUGAGCCUAUCCGCCCGCCCACUCCUGAACGUCAUCCGCCAACGGGCCCCUCCGCGUCACGCUCUCGCCGAGGGCAAUAUGACGGUGCUAGCGUGAACUCUCCAACAUCAACCGCACCUCCCUCGGUUGGAGUGCAUCCGGAUAGGGUUCGCCAAAUCAAUCAAGUGCCGCCUCCGCCGCCACCACCCCCGCCUCCAACAGCACCUUCGGGGUCAUCGGGCGUUCAUCCGGAUCGUCUGAACCAAAUUGCCCCUCAGCCACCGGGACAUGGCUCGCAUGGCCGCCCCCCGAUGCACACACCUGACCGCCCAUCGAUGCCGGCACCUAACUCGGGAGCACGAGCAGCGCCCUCCGGCCCCAGUGCCGAUUUCUCAUCGGCCCCCACUGGCCCUGCCGCUGCUAACGACCGGAUGAGGCCUGGCGGUCGACAACUCCGCGGCAUCCAAAGUAUGCUUGACAAGGCCUCUGCCGACAACGCCCGCGGCCCAAGCCUACGCAUGUCUCGGUCACGACCCAACUUGGCGGGCUCAGACGCCCAAAUACUGGUUGGCGCCUCACCCGUAGGCACGCCCGUUCACGAACGGCCACCUGAUUCAUUCCGGGACUCAUCUCGCCGUGAAAGCAUCGAUCGUGCGCCGCGCGGAGCCGAGCCAAUUCAGCAGAUCGCUAGCGAUGCUCGUGACAACCGCGAAACUAGCAGCCGGGGCCCCAUGAAUGGCGACGAUUACGGUUCCAGCCGCAACGAGCACGACCGUAGCCGUCGCGAACACCACAGAUCGGAGCGCAGCACCCGUGCGUCUGGGCGCAACAGCCGGGAGCGUACCCCAGAUCGGGAGCGCGGCGAGCCCAAGGAUCCCCGCGAGCACAGAGAUAGGGACAGGAGGUCAUCUAAUGUACCGGGAAGCAGCAACCGUGAUGAGAGAGACCUCCGCCGGUCAACGCGAGAGUCGACGGGCGGUGGCCGAGAGCCAAUGCCCAGCGGCGGGAGGGAUCUCGGUCCGCCGCGCGAGUCGAGUUCUCAUCGUGGCCAUCGUGGUGAGGGUCCCUCUGGGCCGAGGGGCGAUGGACCACCGGGUGGAGGCAGGGGCGAUGGAGGAAGAGGGGAUGAUUAUGGUCGGAGUGGGACUUCGAGGGGCAAUGCGCCGCCUCGGGAGUCGCGGUCGUCGAGACCGGGUGAUGAGCGCGGAGACCCACGAGGUGGUGAUGAAAGGGCUCGGAAGCGCAGGAGCGAGGGUGUGGAUGCGGGCAGCGGAAGCCAUCAGGACAAACGGCAGCGGCGUUAGUAACGGUUGUUGUCGACGCCACAUCAUGUCACAAGAGAAUGUUGGUUGGGAGAUGCCAAAGAUCAACACACAAGAUGUUUUAGCACGGUGGAGGGAGAAAGAUUACGAUACGAGAUUGCGAGGCAUAUCAGAUCAGAUUGGAGGAUACCGAUACGGAUACAGUUUGCCUUUUACCCAUCGGCU